GGGCUGAGGAGGAAGUAGGGGUGCACCUCAGCACUAUCCCAAGACUGCUGGCAACAGCGAGUUCCUGGGGAAAACCCCAGGGCAAAACGCUCAGAAAUGGAUUCCUGCAGGAAGCACUAGAUGAGAUGACAACUCCGCAGCAAACAACUCCGCAAAUGAAAAAGAACGACAUGAUGCAAUCUUCAGGAAAGUAAGAGGCAUACUAAAUAAGCUUACUCCUGAAAAGUUUGACAAGCUAUGCCUUGAGCUCCUCAAUGUGGGUGUAGAGUCUAAACUCAUCCUUAAAGGGGUCAUACUGCUGUUUGUGGACAAAGCCCUAGAAGAGCCAAAGUAUAGCUCACUGCAUGCUCAGCUAUGUCUGCGAUUGGCAGAAGAUGCACCAAACUUUGAUGGCCCAGCAGCAGAGGGUCAACCAGGACAGAAGCAAAGCACAACAUUCAGACGCCUCUUGAUUUCCAAAUUGCAAGAUGAAUUUGAAAACCGAACCAGAAAUGUUGAUGUCUAUGAUAAGCGUGAAAAUCCCCUCCUCCCUGAGGAGGAGGAACAGAGAGCCAUUGCUAAGAUCAAGAUGCUGGGGAACAUCAAAUUCAUUGGAGAACUUGGCAAGCUUGAUCUUAUUCAUGAAUCUAUCCUUCAUAAGUGCAUCAAAACACUUUUGGAAAAGAAGAAGAGAGUCCAACUCAAAGAUAUGGGAGAGGAUUUGGAGUGCCUCUGUCAGAUAAUGAGGACAGUGGGACCUCGAUUAGACCAUGAACGAGCCAAGUCCUUAAUGGAUCAGUACUUUGCCAGAAUGUGUUCCUUAAUGUUAAGUAAGGAAUUGCCAGCCAGGAUUCGUUUCCUACUGCAGGAUACCGUAGAGUUGCGAGAGCACCAUUGGGUUCCUCGCAAGGCUUUUCUUGACAAUGGACCAAAGACGAUCAAUCAAAUCCGUCAAGAUGCAGUAAAAGAUCUAGGAGUGUUUAUUCCUGCGCCUAUGGCUCAAGGGAGGAAUGACUUCUUCCUGGAGGGACCGUUCAUGCCGCCAAGGAUGAAAAUGGAUAGGGACCCACUUGGGGGACUCGCUGAUAUGUUUGGACAAAUGCCAGGUUGUGGAAUUGGUACUGGUCCAGGAGUUAUCCAGGAUAGAUUUUCACCCACAAUGGGACGUCAUCGUUCAAAUCAGCUCUUCAAUGGCCAUGGGGGACACAUCAUGCCUCCCACGCAAUCGCAGUUUGGAGAGAUGGGGGGCAAGUUUAUGAAAAGCCAGGGGCUAAGCCAGCUCUACCAUAACCAGAGUCAGGGACUCUUAUCCCAGCUGCAAGGACAGUCGAAGGAUAUGCCACCUCGGUUUUCUAAGAAAGGACAGCUUAAUGCAGAUGAGAUUAGUUUGAGGCCUGCUCAGUCGUUUCUAAUGAAUAAAAAUCAGGUGCCAAAGCUUCAGCCCCAGAUAACUAUGAUUCCUCCCAGUGCACAGCCACCACGCACUCAAACACCACCUCUGGGACAGACACCUCAACUUGGUCUCAAAACUAAUCCACCACUUAUUCAGGAAAAGCCUGCCAAGACUAGCAAAAAGCCACCACCAUCAAAGGAAGAACUACUUAAACUGACCGAAGCUGUUGUAACUGAGUAUCUGAACAGUGGAAAUGCCAACGACGCUGUCAGUGGUGUGAGAGAAAUGAGAGCUCCAAAACACUUUCUUCCUGAGAUGUUAAGCAAAGUGAUCAUCCUGUCACUUGAUAGAAGUGAUGAAGAUAAAGAAAAAGCAAGCUCUUUGAUCAGUUUACUCAAACAGGAAGGGAUAGCCACAAGUGACAACUUUAUGCAGGCUUUCCUGAAUGUAUUGGAGCAGUGCCCCAAACUGGAGGUUGACAUCCCCUUGGUGAAAUCUUACUUGGCACAGUUUGCGGCUCGUGCUAUAAUUUCAGAGUUGGUGAGCAUUUCAGAACUAGCUCAACCACUGGAGAGUGGCACCCACUUCCCUCUCUUCUUACUUUGUCUUCAACAAUUAGCUAACUUACAAGACCAAGAAUGGUUAACCGAACUUUUUCAACAAAGCAAGGUCAAUAUGCAGAAAAUGCUGCCAGAAAUUGAUCAGAAUAAGGAUCGAAUGUUGGAGAUUUUGGAAGGAAAGGGACUGAGUUUCUUAUUCCCACUCCUUAAAUUGGAGAAGGAACUAUUGAAGCAAAUUAAGCUGGAUCCAUCCCCUCAAACUAUAUAUAAAUGGAUAAAAGAUAACAUCUCUCCCAAACUUCAUGUAGAUAAAGGAUUUGUGAACAUCUUAAUGACCAGCUUCUUACAGUACAUUUCUAGUGAAGUUAGCCCACCCAGCGAUGAAACAGAUUCUUCCUCUGCUCCUUCCAAAGAACAGUUAGAGCAGGAAAAACAGCUGCUGCUCUCUUUUAAGCCAGUGAUGCAGAAGUUUCUUCAUAAUCAUGUGGAUCUACAGGUCAGUGCCCUGUAUGCUUUGCAGGUGCACUGUUACAACAGCAGAUUCCCAAAAGGCAUGUUACUUCGAUUUUUUGUUCAUUUCUAUGACAUGGAAAUUAUUGAAGAGGAAGCUUUCUUAGCUUGGAAGGAAGACAUAACUCAAGAGUUUCCAGGAAAAGGCAAGGCUUUGUUCCAGGUGAAUCAGUGGCUAACUUGGCUAGAAACUGCUGAAGAAGAAGAAUCAGAGGAAGAAGCUGACUAAAGAACCAGCCAAAGCCUUAAAUUGUGCAAAACAUACUGUUGCUAUGAUGUAACUGCAUUUGACCUAACCACUGCGAAAAUUCAUUCCGCUGUAACGUUUUUCACAAUAUUUAAAGCAGAAGCAUGUCAGUAAGGUUUCCUUCUGCAUAAGGUUUUUGUAGUAUGAUGUCUUAAUCAUAGUCUACCAUCAAAUACUUUAGGAGUAUCCAUAAUGUUUAGAUAGAAUAUUAGCAACAUGCAAUAAUUACAUCCUAAGCUCUCAAGCAGAGGCAGUCUAUUGCAAGGACCUUCUUUGCUGCCAGUUACCAUAGGCUGUUUUAAGUUAGAAAACUGAAUAGCAACACUGAAUACUGUGGAGAUGCACUUUGAUCAGUAAUACUUGAGUUGUUGCAAUAUUUGAUUAUCCAUUUGGUUGUUACAGAAAAAUUCUUAACUGUAAUUGAUGGUUGUUGCCGUAAUAGUAUAUUGCCUGUAUUUCUACCUCUAGUAAUGGGCAUUAUGUGCUAGAUUUUAAUAUCCUUGAGCCUGGGCAAGUGCACAAGUCUUUUUAAAAGAAACAUGGUUUACUUGCACAAAACUGAUCAGUUUGAGAGAUCAUUAAUGCCCUUGAAGUGGUUUUUGUGGGUGUGAAACAAAUGGUGAGAAUUUGAAUUGGUCCCUCUUAUUAUAGUAUUGAAAUUAAGUCUACUUAAUUUAUCAAGUCAUGUUCAUGCCCUGAUUUUAUAUUUUAUAUACUUGUAU